AUGAGAAGAGAGAGAGGGAAAGAGGAUCAGGCAAGAGCGAGUAGCCCUCAGCAGGGUGGUGCUUUGGCCAUGAGUGAGACUAUGGAUAGACUGUAUGAUUGUACAUGCCCAAUAUGUGACCUCGCACAAUGUUAUUUUGUUGCUAUUUUGGAGUUGGGGGUGGCAAUGAGGAUGGAUAAUUACAUCUGUCAAAAGGUAGCAGACGAGCAGGUGUGGUACGAAUUAAUGGGCAUGGGGCAGGGAAAUUCUGCCUCUGACAGAUAUGUAUUCUGUUAUGGGCAGAAAUUAUCAUUAUUAGAAGAUGCACUGUAUAAAGCUGAUUCUAGUGAUCCAGUUGUUAUUUCUGCCACUAUCAGUGAAUUCUCGCUGGCACCAAAUGUGAAAGAAAAGAGUGCUUUCCACCGGUUGAAUAUCAUCAAUAAAUGUUUUUCCUGCAAAACAAUUGAAGAGAUUAUAUUAGCCCUUGAGAGGGAGGCUGCUGACAAGGAUGACGAGUGGAUCUCUUCAACACUUCAGUCAUUGAAGAAAGCGUCCCCUACAAGCCUUAAAAUUUCUCUUAGAUCAAUUAGAGAAGGGAGGCUCCAAGGCCUUGGUAAAUGCCUUCUUCGAGAAUACGGACUGGUUUGGACUAUCAUGCGUGGAGAAAUAAAUAAGGACUUUUUUGAGGGAUGCAGAGCCAUACUCUUGGACAAGGAUAAGAAUCCAAAGUGGGAACCCGCCAAGCUGGAGCAAGUCACUGAGGAUAUGGUUGACCGCUACUUCUCGAAGAUAAAUGACGAGGACUGGGAAGAUUUAGAUCUCCCAAGAAGGUCAAACAUCCCUCCAUAUGCUAUUGCUAAACUUCAAAUUUUAUCUUAAUAGCUUUGUGUCUUUUGGUACACAAACACGAGGACAUAGAUUAGCCCAGAAUUUGGUGUAGGAGGCCUAUCUUUUUCCUAUCGGGCUGUUUCCCCGAUUUUAUAGUAUUCAGAUAGAUAAAUAAACCUGAGUCGUAAAAUUAUAUCAUGACAAAUGCUACUCAAAAGUAUGUAUGUUGAUUAUAUUUCAAGAGAAACAUUCGUA